AUGCGUCCCAGUUUACCUCCUCACGCUCCUGCUUACCAUCUCAUUUUGGAAGGAAUUCUGAUUCUAUGGAUAAUCAGACUUCUUUUCUCCAAGACAUACAAGCUUCAAGAGCGAUCUGAUCUAACACCUAAGGAAAAAGAAGAGUUGAUUGAAGAAUGGCAGCCAGAGCCUCUUGUACCUCCUGUACCAAAAGAUCACCCGGCUCUCAACUACAAUAUUGUUUCAGGUCCUCCCACCCAUAUAAUCACUGUUAAUGGCAAGGAAUGUAUAAACUUCGCAUCGUUUAACUUUCUUGGACUUUUGGAUAAUGAAAAGGUUAAGAGUGCGGCCCAGGCAUCUCUGAAGAAGUAUGGUGUUGGCACUUGUGGACCUAGAGGAUUCUAUGGUACUUUUGAUGUUCACUUAGAAUUAGAAGAUCGACUAGCGAAAUUCAUGAAGACAGAGGAAGCUAUUAUAUACUCAUAUGGAUUUGCAACAAUUGCCAGUGCUAUUCCAGCAUAUUCGAAAAGAGGAGACAUUGUGUUUGUAGAUGAAGCUGCCUGCUUUGCUAUUCAGAAGGGAUUACAAGCAUCUCGUAGUAACAUCAAGUUAUUUAAGCAUAAUGAUAUGGCUGACCUUGAACGACUGUUGAAAGAACAAGAGACUGAAGAUCAAAAGAAUCCUCGCAAGGCCCGUGUAACUCGAAGGUUUAUUGUAGUGGAAGGAUUGUAUAUGAACACAGGAGAUGUUUGCCCUCUUCCAGAAUUGAUAAAAUUGAAGUACAAAUAUAAAGUUAGAAUAUUUUUGGAGGAGAGCCUUUCCUUUGGAGUCCUUGGUGAACAUGGAAGAGGAAUCACUGAACACUUUGGAAUAAACAUUGAUGAUAUAGAUCUUAUUAGCGCAAACAUGGAAAAUUCACUGGCUUCUAUUGGAGGAUUUUGCUGUGGCAGAUCUUUUAUUAUUGACCAUCAGCGACUGUCUGGUCAAGGCUAUUGCUUUUCUGCAUCCCUACCUCCUUUGUUAGCUGCUGCUGCUAUUGAGGCUCUGAAUAUUAUGGAAGAUAAUCCAGACAUUUUUCAGACUCUCCGGGCUAAGUGCGAACGAAUUCACAAAGCUUUACAGGGGAUUUCUGGCUUAAAAGUAGUGGGAGAAUCUUUUUCACCAGCAUUGCACCUGCAGUUGGAAGAGAGCUGUGGAUCCCGAGAAAAUGAUGUGAAGUUACUCAAAAGAGUUGUGGAUUAUUGCAUGAAUAGUGGUAUUGCAUUAACUCAGGCCCGUUAUCUGGAGAAAGAAGAAAAAUGUCUUCCUCCACCCAGUAUUCGAGUAGUGAUAACAGUGGAACAAACAGAACAAGAACUGGACAAAGCUGCAUCACUUCUCAAGGAAGCUGCACAGUCUGUAUUGAACUAGACUGCUAUUUUGGAUUCCUCUUUCCCCAUGUUACCAGGAUAAGCAUUUUAUGCUGUAUAGUGACUUCACUUCAGAUAUU